AGUCAUUCAUUGUACAAUGGCUCCAGUCAUCGAAAUUCUAACCGAACGGGCUACCUUGGGAGAGGGUCCCCAUUGGGACGAGCCCACCCAAAGUUUGUACUUCGUGGACAUCUUCGGGCAGACCAUCAACAAGUUCGUGCCGGCCACUGGGGUUCACACCAAAGCGAAAAUUGAUGGUGGAAUGGUGACUUUGGUGAUACCUGUUGAUGGUGCUGACGAUACCUUCUUGGUAAGCAUUGGAACCAAACUAUUCACCGUCAAAUGGGAUGGAGAGAGCGACAAAGUUACAGAAAUGAAACAAAUAUUGGAAGUGGAGAAUGAACCUAAACUUUUGGGCAACAGGUUCAACGAUGGGAAAGCUGAUCCAACCGGUCGUUUGUGGGCAGGAACAAUGGGGCCGGAGCCAGAAAUAGGCAAACUGGAAAAGGAACGUGGCUCCCUUUACACCUUGGUUGGCAGAAACAAGGUGAAAACUCACUUGACCAAAGUGAGCAUAGCUAACGGGCUAGCCUGGAACGUAAAAUUGAAGAAAAUGUACUACAUCGACUCCCCCAGAAGAACGGUCGACCAAUAUGACUACAACAUGGAAAAGGGAGAAAUCAGCAAUAGAAAACCGAUAUUUAAUCUGGAUGACCAUGACAUUCCCGGAGUGCCAGAUGGUAUGACCAUCGACACCGAUGGCAACUUAUGGGUAGCAGUCUUCGAUGGGGGUAGACUCCUCCAUGUCAACCCCAACACGUCCGAAUUGAUCACCACCAUCAAUUUCCCAGCCAAACAAAUUACUGCAGCUGCUUUUGGCGGUCCAAACAUGGACGAACUGUAUGUCACUAGUGCACAAUUAGUGGUUCAAGGGCAGAAACAACCACAUCCCGCUGGUGCCCUCUUCAGAGUCACCGGUUUGGGGGUUAAAGGGGAGCCUGGGGUCAAAGUUAAACUUCCGAAAUAAAUUUGUAUGAUCUGUAGAUGUCCAAUAAAAAUAUAAUCAGUUAA